CUUUGUGCCAUUUAAUGUGUGCCUUUCACCUCUGAAUUUCCUGCUGGGAUGAUCUCCAGGCAACGUGUCUGUGUGAUAGUUGCAUCCAGGCACAGGUUUGAACUCAAACAGUUGUUCUCUGCAUCCGUAAGAAUAUUGUGUUGAUAAACUUGAAUUCUCUUCAUGCUGUCAAUUCUUUGUAAUCUAAAAUUGUUCUGCUUCUCUUUUUUCAUGCACAAGAGGUCUUUUAACCAAUUUUGAUUAGGUGGCACCUUAUAAUACAUUCUAUUCACAAUUGGAGGAGCACAUGAGUCAAGUUGGUGUUGAGCCCAGUCUCAACAGAUGGGAUGAACCUGUGGCAUUGGGGGUGGUUGAUCCACACGAUUCAUUAUCUCAUCCUGCUGGUGUCUCUGAUGUUCAAACUGAGUCUGCUACUCGCAUAGACCCCGACCAAUUCACAAUUUUUUUGAUUCCAAACUGGUUUGGUGGUGAAUCAGCUGGGUCAACAAAAGACAAUCCAUUUCCAUUACCUGAUGCUUAUAUGGCAUCUCAGCAAAGAAAUCACAAGAAUUUAGGGGAGAUUAAGCAUAUUUUGAGGGAGACACAGCUUGAAGAAAGCAGGAAACGGGAAUUAUCAAGCGCACUUCAUGUAUACUUUAAAGACUGGCUAUAUGGUUGAGAUAUAAGGGAAAUCUAGAGUAUGAAGGAGAAUUGAAGAAGCAUUUAUAGCAAUUCUGUUCUGCUUUCUGUCUGUAUCAGUUAUCAUUUUGUUUAUCCAACUUUCAUCACAAUCGUACGCAUGGUUUCCCUGCAUUAU